GCCGCGCAUGCGCGCCCGGCCUCGCGCCGGACCCUAUGCGGCGGCGCCUUCCCCCCUGGCGGCUGAGGGAGCGCGAGGCGCCGAGAGAGACUCACCGAGGCGCAGGGGCUGGAGGUGGCGCUCGGGUGAUGUCAUUGCAGCAAGGCUCAACACGAAGGCGCUCACCCUCCUCCAGCUGCCAGAAAAGGGAGAUGACCCACCUCACUCUGUAGCUGGAAGCCCAGCAACCCCCUGGGGACUGUUGCUCGGCAACAGUCAAACACACACAGAAGAGUAAGAUUCUGUGAGAGUCCUCUGGAUUCCCUGAGUGAAACAUGGAUAUAGAACCAGAGAAGAGCGAGGCGGGUUCUGAGAGAAGCCCCGUCAGCGAGACACAUUUGGAAGAAGCAACAAGCAGCCCAAGAGGGGCGGUUCGGCCCCUGACUCCGCGGACAGAUGCUCAGUGGAAGUCCAUUUUCUACGAGACCCUGCAGCCGAGGGCUUUGGAUCUGCAGCAGACGAGGGUGGAGAAGCUCCGCAACAGCAAGAUGGUGCAAAAAAAGGCCGAGAAGAAAGAGCCUCCGGACAAGCUGUCUCGCGACUGGUUCAACGACGAGAGCAUGACCCUGGAGACUCGGGCCUACCUGGUUGAUAAGCUCCUCCCCACCUUGGUCCCUGGCGUGGAGAAGCUGCUCAUGGCUGCGGAGAAGAAGAAAGCCCUGGAAAGGAAGGAGUCUGAACCCCUUACCUUUGACCCCAUUACUUUCCUGGGAGAGUACCUGAUGAGGCACAACCCGGCCUAUGAGAUUUCCGCCAUGCCCAAUCCCUACGUGCGUGGAUUGAAAGCCGUUGCAGACGAGCUGAAAACCAAAGUGCCCGAGACCACGUUGCACAAGCUGGAACAGAUGAAGACUCUGGUCAAAGAAAAACGCAAGCAAAGGGAGCAGGUGGAAAAGAUCAAGACUCACGUGAGAAACAUGCGGAAGGAGGCUCUGUCCAUGCAGUUCAAAGAGUGGACGAUGGAUCUCACAGGACAGAUCCCUGUUCUGCUGAUCCAAAGCGCCUUGAAGUCAUUCAUGGAGUCUGUCUCUUCAGAACUCAGUGACGAUGGGACAGGAAUCUACGCCAGGCCUCUGGAAUCUGUGGGGUCCCUGGCACCGAAGUUGAACGAAGAGCAGUUCACAGAGUAUCUCCAUUCUUACAUCAAGGAUUUCAGCAGCGACAUGUUCCAGCAAUUGCUGCAACACCUCCUACAGUGUGCCAACGAUGCACGUAACAUAAUCAGACACGACAUCUGGCGGCAGAUGUUUCUCCAACUGUUCUUCAACUGCGACCAUGGAAAGGUGGGGCUCUUGGACAGACAGAGGAUAUUAUCUUUACUGGAGGUCUUCUUCUACAACUGCUCCCCACAGCACAAGAAGGGAUUCCUUGACCCCAAGAAAUGGCCAAUUAUAGAACUGGACGAUAUAGAGGUAGCUGAGUUUUGGGGGAAUAUGGAAGAUGAGCAAAUUUCAGAGAAGUCUAGCCUCAACAUCCCAUCGGGUGAACUUGGAUUAUCUGAGGAAUCCAUCGCCCUCAAGCUGCUCUUGAAAGACAUCCUGUCUGACAUGGAGAUGACUGCACCUGAAGACAGUGAGGCCCCUGAGGGGUCUGCAGCUGCUGACCAAGAGAAAGCCGGGCUGGAGCAAGAGGCCAGCCACCCAGGAGAGGAAGGUGAAGUCGUUCUAGCAACAGCCCUCCAGGAUCAGGCAGAAAUGCCAGCUGUAGAGCCAGGAUCUGGCGAAGCAGCAGUUCAGGAGGAACAAGAUCCAGCGGCCUCUGCAGAGUCAGCUGCCCAAGAAACUGUUGCACCUGCUGGCAAAGACGUGGUGCCUGUAACCACCCGGGUAUCAGCACCAGCGCUACCUGUGGAAACCCUGGAGGCUGACAGGAAUCCACAGCCCAGAAGUUCUGCCCCUGCUUCCCUCUUUAACAUGCAAUCUGGGCUACAGCAGACACAGAACGGAGAACUGGGCCCUGGCCAAGAGCCUGGCUUAGAGGGUCAAGGGGCUGCUGCAGAGCAAAGCAGGGCAGAAACAGCGGCAGCUCAGGAGGAGCCAGGAAAGGAGCCAGGCAGUCGGGGGCAGCUGCACAGGAACAGCGAAGGUGUGCCAGGUCCAAGCAAACGGCCAGGACAGAAGCUUUCAGUUUCAGAUUUGCUCUCAAUGCCCAGUGGGCUAGACAGCGAGACAUGUGAAAAGGCACCUCAGAAGAUAUAUGGAAAGAUAUGGUCAGGUGACCUUCAAACUGCUGACCUGUCCUUCGUGUACACCGACUAUGGCAAGGAAAUCCGGGAGGACUGGAACAACGAAAGCACCAGGUUUCCAGACCUGCGCAUGAAUAUGAUAGAAAUCCAGGCCCGUGGGCCCCCGUCUACCAUAAGCAGCUUUGACAAGGAGUCCCUCAACCCGCCACAGUUUGUGCAGCUCAUGGAGACCUUUGUUGGCGAAGAAACGACUCUGCCAAAUGUGAAGAGGCUUGUGGAGUUUGUGAAGGAAGGUUACGUGCAAACUGAGAAAGAGAAGAUCAGGCAGAUGGAGAGAAUCCACCAGAAUUCUUUCUUGGUCCGGCAACAGCUCCUCUUGGCUGCACUCUUUGAGAAAUGGGAUAAUGAAUGCUCCGGGUUCUUGGACAUGCAGGAAGUGGAUGCUGUUCUGUCCACCUUUAAGGAAGGGAUGGAGCAAGAGGCAUUAAACAAAGCCAAGCUUCAGCUCCCCAUACCCCAGUGGCAUCCCAGCGGGAUUGUGAAGUUAUCCCAAAGAGACUUCCAAACCUACAUGGAGCUGGUUGUCUCUGAGCUCACCGGCGACGAAGACGAACUGCUGGAUAACAUCGUGGAGUUUCUCAUUAUGGCCGUGGAGCGAACCCACGCAGAGCGAUUGCGAGGCAGCGCGCGGAGGAAGUGGCUGCUCAAGAUGGAGCACGCAGCCAUGACUAAUGGCGGGUGCAUCAAACCGGUGUAUGAUGUCCUAUUCAAGGUUCUUUGUCGGGACACAGAUGCCCACGGAGACAGCAAGAAGAUCAGUGCUUAUAUCGCCCUUUUGGAAUAUAACUUGGUUUCCCCAGAGCGAGGAGAUAUUCUCCUACACUAUGUAGCAUGCACAGAGGAUGAUGCUCCAUAUGUCCUAAACCAAUCACUUUUCAUGGAUAUGGAAGGAGUCAGCUUUGCAGCAGCACUAGACGACAGGCCAAUCCAUGUCCCCAGAGUUCAGCUGCAUGGAAACAUCCACUUCUGGAACCAGGAUCGCCCCUUGGAAGAGAGGAAGGGCUCCUUCUUGGUGCUGCCGCUUGAGGAUAUCCGAAGAAGAGUCUUUGGUGUUCUUGGUCUGGACACUCUCCAGGACAAGAACGAGAAAACCAUCUUUGUGCCCCACGAAAUCCGUUUCUAUCAGGGGAUUGCAAACACGUUCAGCAUAGCCUACCACCACAUCCGCACCAAGGAAAGUAUCAUGCAGGUCAUCAUCACGGCUCUGGGGUGGCUCUUCACCCGUGUGUCGCUCCUUCAAACCAUCACUACGUACUUCAUGGAGCCUGGCGAGGACAGGAUGCAUGACUAUACCUUGCGUAAAGUAAUGACUGCAGAUCAGAAUGAGCCGCUGGAAGUCCAUCUCCCUCCAGGUCCUGUGGUCAGAAGAAGAGAUAACAUAUUCAGAGAUUACCUGUUCAAGUGCAUAGACUGUUCAGUAGUGGUUACCACGUUUUUGUUUGAAGAACAUCGUAUCGCUGUUCCUCUGAGGAAUCAGGUGGGCCAGGCCAUUGCAGUGUUUGACAUCAACCUUGGAAACCGCCAAAAGCUACCAACCUGUGAGCACAGAGACCUGCAGAAGAUGUUGAGGACAAUACAGGCUGCCGUUUGUGAGAUCCUGAAAGAGGAUUCUGGAGAGAAAGAUCCAUUCUACGUCUUGGAGGCAGAGUAUGUGGGGGACUGGAGGCGUGGGGGAGUCCUCUUCUACCGAUUCAUGCUGCAGGAGUUACAGAAUUGCAUCUGGAAUCUCGACCCUUUCUCUUCCUUCAGUGAAAUAAGGUGCUUUGAGAAGCCACCCAGCCUAGUGCAUGCAAUACUUAAGUGUGCACUGCUGAUUUUGUACCCCCAGUGGGCUGGUACGCAGGAGGUUGAGGACUGGAAUUGUUGCAUAGAGAAAAUUGAUGGAGAACUUAUUGAAAACAUUUGCUACUUUGACCCAACUGCUGCCUAUGUGGAGGUUCGACCAGAGACUCUGUACAACUGCCUCCAUGGUGCACACAGAAAAGCUGUGUGGAAGUUUCGCUCAGCUCCAAUGGAGUAUCUCUACAACUGGGUGAACACCUGCCUAUCAUUAAUAGAGCUGGCAAAGAAACUUCAGCAUCGUCAGAGCAUGGCAACAUCAUCUACAGCUCUCAUCACUCCCACCCUGUCUCGGUCGCUUAGGUCAUCUCAGAUUUCAGCAAACACAAACUACACUUUUGCCAUUUCUUUAGUUUAAAAUUGUUUUGUGAUUUAAAAAAAAAAGCAUUUAGAGAAUUUUUAAACACCCCCUUUUAUUCAUAGUUGGUGCUUGUCGAGUGUGUCCAUGUGCUUUUGGAUGUGAAAUUACGGGUACACUUCUUUCUCAACCUAGAUAAGAGCCUUAAAAAUGUUCAGAGGUAAAUGUUCUGAUGCAAUAGGUGGAAUAAAGUGACCUUCAGGGGCCAGGUGGAUUGCUCCCAACUUCCAUUUAAUUCUGACAGCAGAGGGGGGGGGAUUAGAGGGAAGGGAAAUUACAACUUGUACCUCUUUCAAGUUUACACAAUUCACAAAUGAUUAAAAAGAGCAGCAGGCAGAAGGAGAAAAGAGCUUCAAAAUUAAAUUGUGUAUUUAGCAAAGCUCUUCUUUCUGAAGUGGCUUUUUAGAAGUCAUUUUAAGCUUGACAUGAUGAAGGGACAGUUUGUGUUUCACUUGUUCCCAAAGGGAAGCACACCUACGCUCUCAUUUUAAGGCAACUAAGAGCUUUUCCAUUGGCUAGAGCCUGAGAUGACAACACCUUUCAGUGUUCUGAUGCAAGAUUCCAUCUUUGCAAUAAUUUAUCUUUCAGCAGAAUCUUUUUUUAAUAAAAUUUGGGGAAAUUAAAAGUUUUCUCUCCGUUCUUUAGCCGACAAAAAACAAUGGCAUAUCUACCUAAUAUUCUGUAAUUUGAGAUUAUAGGUUGCUUUUAACGUUGCCUGAUAAAUUGAUUACAGUGUUAUUACAAUUUGUGAUUCCUCUGAUUAUCUGAUGCUUGAACAACAGCAAGUGAAUAUCUGCAGGGAGCCGGGGGGUGACUUUUCAAGCACUUUGCAAUGAUGUUCCUGGGAACAGUGUCCUUAGCAAAAUAUUGGUACCAAAAGGUCUUUGUCAGCUCAGAAUUCGUUCACCAGCAAUUCUGCACUAAUACAAAUAGCUUUUUCUAACAAAAAAAGAGGGUUGGA